AUGAUAGAAAAUAGUAAUAAUAAUAAUAAUAAUAAUAAUAAUAAUAAUAAUAAUAGUAAUAAUAAUAAUAAUAAUAAUAAUAAAGAAAUAGUAAUAAGAUCAGUUUUUUCCAAUAAAAUCUUAUUUUUAUCAAUAUUAUCAAAGACAAGAUUUGCAAAUUUAUGUUAUUUAAAAUCAAAGAUUGCUAAAAAUGAUACCACAGUCAACUUGGUAACAAAAUCAUUAAAGUAUCACCAAUGUAAUGAUAUCGAUUGGCUUUGUUCCAACGGUUAUUUCGAUCUGCUGUGGUUAAAGAUGGUUCGAGACGAGCCACUACCACUAAAGAAAGAAAAUCUACAAAAGUUAAUUGUGAGCAGACUGAAUAAGGGAAGGCCAGUAACAAUAUCUCUCUUAAGAAUAAUGGAACAUGUUGGUGAUCAAUUAAGAUCCGAUGAAUUUCAAGAUAUUGAUCAACUUAAGGCCAGUAUUUUAAAGCGAAUUCCAAUGCUGGAGCCAGAUUCCCAGAUUGUCAUGGAGUUGAUAUUCCUAAAUCUAAUAAGAUCCCAUCUUCCAUCUAUGGAUGUUAAUCAUAUCAGAGAACAUAUUCAAUGUAUUGUUGCCAAUCAUUGCGUUUUAUCGUUAGAUUAUCUCAGGAGUUUCUUUGAGAAGAAUCAUCCAGCUACUUUGUCUAUUUUCAAUGAUAUCGUUUGUGAAUUUGGAUCAAUGGAACAAGUCAAAUAUGUAUUGGGCGGAUUACUAGAAAAUGUUUCAUGUAGUGCAGUAGAUAGAGCGAAUUCAUUGGAGAUACUCGAGUAUUUGGUGUCUCUAGGAAAGGACUGUUCUUCAGAUGCACUUAUAUACAUGGUAAAGAAAAAACGAUAUCACGAAGCAAAGAUCUUGUUAAAAUUAAAGCCUGAUCGUCAUUUUUGGAGUUCUCAUUCUGAAUUAUUACCAACUGCAUUGGAGAACGACGACAUAGAGAUGGUAGACCUACUUCUCCAGAAUAAUAUUAAUAGCGUAACGUUACCUAACCACAGACACAUAUUGUAUACCCUUGCCAAACAUUAUCCACGUUUCUGCCAUACCAUUAAUAUCCAGUCAAAGUCUCCAUUUGAAGUAAUGAAAGCGGCUUGUCAAUUCGGAUUUCUUGAGACCGUGCAGGAAGUCCAUCGAAUCCAUCCAAAAAGUUUCUAUGAGAAUAACAUUCUGGAUUGUGCGUUGAUGGCAUCACACGAGGAGAUAAUGCAAUUCAUCAUUGAGAAUAGAGACGACCAAUUUUCAAUGCAGUCAUGGACGAUCUGUGGAUCUGUAGGCGAUAUCAAUUUGUUUAAUAAUUUUGUUUCAAAGCGCUCAAAUAUAUCGCAUCUCUAUGAAAUGCUGCGUUCUGCUUACUGUCACGGAAAUUUGGAUUUUAUCAAGAGCAUGAUAGAGUUAAAUCACCAUAAUUUGGAUCACCAAAUCUAUACGAGAAAAGCAAUUGUAUUCAAUCAACAUAGUAUUAUCAAAUACUACCUUGAGAACGUAAAACCAAAAAGAAAAGAUCUCAUAGAGAUGUUUUCCUACGACUUGGAGUCGAUUCAUCCGACAACAUGGAAUAUAUUUUUCAAUUAUAUGGGACAUAUCAGUCCACAUGAAAUUGAAUCGAAGGGAGAUCAACUAAGAUUAUUGUUUGAGAGAUUGGGAAAGAUUGGUAAAAUGACUGAUCAAAAAAGAAUUUCCUAUCAUUUUGUGGUUGAUUUUAACAUUUAA